CAGUUCUGUUAAUAGUAUUGGAAAAGGCUUAUUAGAACCCCCGCCUGCUUGUUCAUGUCUUGCAAUGGUGGGAUGGCUUUUUUCCCAGCAAAUUUCAUGCUCCAAACCCCUCGGGACGAAGAUCAUCAACCCUCAACUUCUAUCAAUCAAAUGCUCCCUUCUUGCCCUCCCCAAGACUUCCAUGGAGUGUCAUCGUUUCUGGGGAAGAGAUCAAUGUCGUUUUCAGGGAUAGAAGUGUGUGAAGAAGCAAAUGAGGAGGAGGAUCUGUCAGAUGAGGGUUCACAGGCGGGAGAAAAGAAGAGGAGGCUGAACAUGGAACAGGUGAAGACACUUGAGAAGAACUUUGAGCUGGGGAACAAGCUUGAACCCGAGAGAAAAAUGCAGCUGGCUCGAGCCCUUGGGCUGCACCCGAGGCAGAUAGCCAUUUGGUUCCAAAACAGAAGAGCUAGGUGGAAAACCAAGCAACUUGAGAAAGACUAUGAUCUCCUCAAGAGACAGUACGAAGCCAUCAAGGCUGAUAAUUAUGCACUCCAAGCUCAGAACCAAAAGCUCCAUGAUCAGAUAAUGGCACUGAAAAGCAGGGAACCAACUGAGUCUAUCAACCUCAACAAAGAAACCGAAGGUUCUUGCAGUAACAGAAGUGAAAACAGCUCAGAUAUAAAGCUGGAUAUCUCUAGGACACCGGCUAUUGACAGCCCUUUAUCGACUCAUCCGACAAGCAUAACCUUCUUCCCCACAUCCAAUGUUAGACCGGCAGGCCGGCGGCGGCGGUGGUGCACAACUAUUCAGACCUCGUCGUCGAGAAUGGAUCAAAUGGUUAAAGAAGAAAGCCUCAGCAACAUGUUCUGCAACAUUGAAGAUCAAACCGGGUUUUGGCCAUGGCUUGAGCAACAACAUUUCAAUUGAUCAUGGUGCCUGCCCUAUAUAGUUAUAAUAUCGAUGUUUUGGUACCUUGAGAGUGGUGUAUAAAACUUGAAUUAUAUCCAGUUAAAAACUUUUGGUGUGAAAAGAUA